UCAUCUUCAUUCCUCCGUUCUCUUUUCCAUCCAUCCAUCAAACAAACCUGCAGACAUCGUCCUCAAAGAAAUACUAUGCAUGAUCCUAUUCCCGUCCCACAAGCCCUUGUAAGGCUUGCGACGCCGCUGGCAAAAAAACUCUCCCUAUCUACCCUGCCCUUCCAUGUGCACGAGGUUCUUCUCGGUUUCAUAGGCUAUCAUCUCAUCCUCAGCAUCCUCUCGCCCACACUAUCGCGCUUGAUAUGCCCAAAGGUGUAUAAUGGCUUCAACCGGCGCACGCGACUAAACUGGGACAUCCACUGGGUGUCCAUGGUGCAAGCUCUGUUCAUCAACUCUGCCGCUCUCUAUGUCAUCUUCACGGACCCGCAACGGAACGAGAUGGAUUGGGCUGGCAGACUAUGGGGAUAUACCCCAGCGAGCGGCAUGGUUCAGGGCUUCGCUGCAGGUUACUUUCUCUGGGAUCUCCAGGUGUCGAUUCAGUAUAUUUCCAUAUCUGGAUAUGGUGCUUUGUUGCAUGCGAUUGGCGCAUUGUCAAUAACAUGUAUAGGCUUUAGGCCCUUCGGGAAUUACUACGGCCUCUCCUUCGUCCUUUAUGAGCUUUCCACCCCGUUCUUGAACGUCCACUGGUUCUGCGACAAGCUUAACUUGACCGGCUCCAAAAUACAACUUUACAACGGCAUCGCUCUCCUCGUCACUUUCUUUGGAUGCCGCAUUGUAUGGGGCACAUAUCAAUCGGUAAUGAUAUAUUCAGAUAUAUAUACCGCCUUGUCGCGAUCCUCUCCUGGUCCCAAAAGCUCGCUGCUGGAGAAUAGCAAAUGCGAGGGGAACGCAAGUGGAUCUGGUAUUGGGGGAGUGAGCAGCUGCGAAAUUGGAGAAUUGCCUUUGUGGCUGGUCACCGUGUACUUGGUAGGCAAUUCGGUGCUAAGCUUGCUCAACUUUUACUGGUUCAGUCAAAUGGUCAAGGCCGUGCGGAAAAGGUUCGUCAAGCAACCUACAGGCGCGCCUACAAGUGGAUCGAAGAAGAGUCAGUAG